GUGGGUCAGUUUUAUCAGCUGUUUCCAUAAAAACUCUCUCACCGUGUGAAUCUAAGGUAAAGGUGGGUGGAGUCUAAUCUGACUCUGGCUCCGAGGCAGCCCGUUAUUAAGGAGAUAAAAUAAUACACGGAGUUUUACCUUCUUCAUUUAUAGAUUUAAACCGUCCUCAGCUUCAGGUGCGUCGUUUUCUAACCUUUGAGGAUGAAUCCAGUUUGGUUUAUCCUGUCGAUCAUACUCCUGCCACUGACAACUGUCCAAGCUGGUUUUUCUUUUCUCGACAAGUUGGAACUCAUCUACAAGAAACCAGGGGAGACAGUUGUCCUUAGUCUAUCCUCUAUGACUCCUCCCAUCACCAAUAUAACAUGGAAAUUUAGUACAGAUAUGUCUGAAGAUUUAACCCUGGCUGCAGAGUGGAACGGAGGAGAGGUUGACUUUUACCAGGACUUCAGAGGUCGCAGCACGUUGAACACCACAACUGGAGAGUUGACCAUCUCAAACCUGACACUAAAGGACCUCGGCGGCUACAUAAUAGAGAUCAACAAUGAGGUCAUGCAGAUUAAGAUACUCGUGGUUGUCUUACCUGUUACUAAACCAACCAUCUCCAUGAGCUGUGACGAUGAAAAGACCCACUGUGUUCUGAAAUGUGAAGUCAACACUAGAGAUCUUGGAGAAGUCAGCUAUUCAUGGACGUUGGGUGACAUGGUGGGAUGGAGGCAAUCUGAGAAGAUCAAAAUAACAAAGGAGCAGAAGGAGCCUUCGCUUCUCUGUGUGGUGAAAAAUCCAGUCAGCUACGAAUUCAGUGACAGAGUCGUCAACCCUUUCAGCAACAACCCUUAACAGGGAUCAUCUCAUCGUCUAUUAUAAAACAGAUAUCCUGUUUUUAGUCAUAUCUUCUUAAAUAUCAAUCUGCUCUAUGUGACCAGUGUGUGCUUUGACACAGAAACACCGUGAUUAUAAUUUCUACACAUUUUUUAGUCCGAGAAUCACUUGUGUCAAACUAUGUCUUUAACCUUAAAUUCAUUUACUGUUGAAUAAUACCACGGCAUACAACGAUAUAAGUACGUACGAUGAGAACGUGGUUUAACUCACCUGUGAUGGCCUUCAAUGUACACACUGUGCAUUUGGUUGUAAUAAAAAUGGACGAGUUGACCUCAUA